AUGUCUGCGCCAAGCACUAGUCCGUCCGUUUCUCUUCCUCAGGGCCAUCUAAUUGGAACCCAACUCGACGAUGGGUUCCCCGUGACCGUCGAUGCAUUCUUGGGUGUUCCAUACGCUCUUCCACCCAUUGGAGAAAGACGAUUCAAGCCGGCAUUCAAGGUACCAGCAUCUACCGAGACCAUUGAUGCAUCAAAAUAUGGCCCGGCAGCUCCAGGAAAGGCCUUGCUCGCUGGUGGACCAAAACUCGAGCAAAGCGAAGACUGCCUCACUGCAAAUAUUUUCUGCCCGGCUGGAACAGAUGAAUCACACAAACUGCCAGUCGCAGUGUAUAUCCAUGGAGGUGCAUUCAAUCGAGGGUCGGCUACAAUGCAUGACACGGCCUCGAUGGUUGCUUGGUCCGAGUCACCAUUCAUUGGUGUGAGCUUUGGCUACCGGAUUGGCGCAUUAGGAUUCCUGCCCUCAAGUUUGUCGAAGAAAGAAGGCGUCCUGAACCUCGGACUUCGCGAUCAGAUUCAUUUGCUUGAAUGGGUACAAGAAAACAUUAGCAAUUUUGGUGGCGACCCUGGCAAUGUCACGCUGUUUGGCCUAUCGGCUGGAGCGCAUUCGAUUGGACAUCACCUUCUGAACUACAAGGAGAACGCACCGGCUCUUUUCCACCGCGUCAUCAUGGAAUCUGGCUCGCCAACAUCUCGCGCAGUCCGUCCAUAUAAUGCGAAGAUCCACGAACAGCAGUUUCAAGAUUUCCUUCGCGAAGUUGGCUGUCCUUCGGAUCUGCCUGAGGACGAGAUAUUCCCGUUUCUCCGGUCACUGCCUAGCUUGACUGUGACAAAUGCUCAGACAGUGGUCUUCGACAAGUACAACCCUUCUCUUCGGUGGGCAUUCCAACCCGUGAUAGACGAUGAUAUAAUUUAUCGCAAGCCUUUAGAUGCUUGGGAGUCUGAGCUCUGGAACAAAGUGCCUAUCAUGACAGGUUUUACCACCAACGAGGGAAGCAUGUACGUAAACAAAAAGAUGUCCGAUCCGUCCCAGUUCCGCAAAUUCUGGAACAAUCUUCUCCCUGAAUUGUCGUCUUCGGACUUGGAUACAAUCGAUAGACUCUACCCGGACCCGAGUACGGACCCGGCUUCGCCGUAUAUCGAAACCCGAGAGGGCCAUGGUCUCGGCCCUCAAUACAAGCGGAUCGAGGCAGCGUAUGCUCACUACGCAUAUGUUGCACCUGUUCGUCAGACGGCCGAUUUUGCCUCUUCUCAGGGCGUGCCAGUUUACCUGUACCACUGGGCUCUUCCCAGGACCGUGGUUAACCGCGCAAACCAUGGAGAUAAUAUGUACUAUGAGUCAUAUAAUAAGGGUAUUACGGGGAUUUCGGGGUCGCAGAAAGAGCUAUCUGGCACUCUUCAUGCCUAUAUUACCAGUUUUAUCACCAAUGGCGACCCGAAUGCCAUCAAGGGUCGCUACUCCCAAAGACCCGGAUGGGAGGCCUCCGUGCCUAAUGAUCCUCGCGUGAUGACCUUUGGCGAAGGCAAUGAGGAACUGAUUGGAGGCACCACGGCUCCUCCUGCAAAGUUUAUCAAGGAUGAGUGGGCGAGGGAGCAAACCGAAUUCUGGUGGUCAAAGGUUCCGAUUUCACAGCUCGCUUGA